AUGUUUGCAUCGUGUCUCUGCUCCUCAGUUGCUCCUGCUCAGUUACUGCGAUGCAACUCAGCUGAUCGGGAGCGCCAAAACAAACUGUGUGACUUUGUGAGCUGGAGCCUCAAGGACCCCCAACCCUUUUUCACUUUUGCCAUUACACCUCCUUUCACCGCAUCAAACUUCACCCACCUGCUUCGUCGAUUAGGUGGUGUUCUCUUGCCGAUUAUGCGCUUUACCCAUAUGCCUCGUAGAGCAUACCGCAUCAGUGGCAAGGACGAGAUCUUGGGUGGCAGGACGAACAAGCUUCUUCCUAUUCGCCACAGAGCAUGCGAAGGAUUGCUUGGGCGUGAUGAAAUGAAAUCCACUCGGAUUGAUAGAAAAGCGCGUCUGGCACACGCUGCCAUUUGCACAUUUAGUGACCUGCAUGUGCACACGACUGGACAUGAUUUCAACGAAUGCCGCAUAUGCCAGCGCGGAAGAUGUUAUCCACGAAACUGGCGCUCAACUGCUGGGGAUGGAAGGAAUGCAUUUCGCAGCGCACAUGCGGUUUUGGGACCCAAUCAAACCAUCGAUAAUCGAGUUUUAACUUCUAUAAGCUUCAAUAUUCUGUGGAAUAAGAACGUUAAAAUCUACAACGAAAGGCUUAUUUAA